GGUUUAUUUUUCUCUUGAGAUAAAAUUUUUUGCUUCUUUUUCCUUUUUCUUUCCCCAUUUACUCUCUUAAGCAUUAUUGUGUGCAUUUAAAAAGAAUGGACAAUACCAAUAAUUAUAAUGAAGAAUACAACCCUAUGUCACAGUAUGAUCCAUUUUAUGGAGCAGUAGGGAAUCAAGCGAUGAAUACUUUUGGCGGUAGUAGCAGCAACAACAACUUUCGCCGUGAAAAUAAUGACUAUAAUAAUAACAUGAAUCGAAAUAAUCGAGGAGGAGGUGCUAUGAGAGACCCUAGAAGACGUGAGCGGUUCAAUGACAAUAAUAAGCCUUACAAUAAGAGCAAUAAACCAAAUGCUCGUGGCAGAGCGGCGCUCGCUAAACAUGAGUAUCAGGAGGAUUCAGAUUAUCAUGGAUAUGACGAUAAUAAUGAACGUUUACCUCCACAUAUUGAAUCAAGAGUUGCUAGAGAGAAACCCUGCAGAACAUUGUUUGUAAGAAAUGUUCAGUAUGCAAUUCCUGAGAAUGAAGUGCGAGCUUUAUUCGAAAAGCAUGGUGAAAUCAAAGAUGUUUUCAAUUUAAUUGAAAAUAGAGGCAUGAUUUUUAUAACUUUUUAUGAUGUUCGUGCAGCUGAACGUGCCAAGCAUGCCUUGCAAGGAACCUAUCUAGCAGAAAGAAAAAUAGAUGUACAUUAUUCUUUACCCAAGGAAGAAGAAGAGAAAGCUCGGUGUGAUAGGACUAAAAAUCAGGGUACUUUACUUUUUACACUGAAAGGUUCAAGUAUUGAAUUGGAUGAUAAUGAAUUACACAGAUUGAUGUCUUCAUUCGGAGAAGUGAAGGCUAUACGUGUGCCGAACUUUAAGAAAAGUCAAGCACAUAAUUAUAGUCAGCAUGAAAGGAAUCAACAACGUUUGGUCGAAUUUUACGACUCAAGAGCAUGUGUGGCUGCAUACGAUGCAACCUACGAUAAAGAGUAUAACGGUGGUAGGUGGGAUGUGGCCUUCUUUUGGGACCAUCCUUACAAAGAACGUGUCAAUUCACAUGCGAGGAGGGAGAAGAACUCCGAAAGAGAAGAUAACAUGGGUAGAAAUAGACGUCGUAGUGAUUCCACAAGACGCGAUUACAACAGCAGUUAUAAUAGCAAUGAACCUUUGAUGGGUACUCAUAAUGUCAACAGUAAUCACCAUUAUACUACCUCACCCAAUCAUCCCGCUCCUCAUCUUAAUCCUAUUCCUACAGGUCUUCCAUCAAGUGCUGAUCCCAGAUUACAGCAAUAUAAUCAAUAUUAUCAACAGCAGUCACCGUUACAGCAACCCUUAGGUAUUGCUCCUCCUGCGGCUGCUGCGGCUACAUCUGCCGACACCGUAAGAUUAGAACAAGCUCAAAAAGCACAACAAAUUCUUUCCAUGUUAGCUCAGCAACAACAACAACAACAACAACAACAACAACACCAACAGCCUGCUACACAGCAACUGACGGCACCUUUUCAACCUACAAAUAUUCAGUCUCCACCUGUUCCUCAGCAACAGAUGCCUUUGCAGCCUCACCAGCAACAGCAACCACAAAGCUACGUUCCUCCAGUACCGCCUACAGAAGACCAAGCUUCUCAAGUACAACAAUUAUUAGGUUUAUUGAGUCAAGCUGCUCAACAACAGCACACUCCUGCUCAACAAUCGGCUCAAUUACAGCCUCACUCAACAGCUGCACCUGCACCUAUCAUAUCUCAGGGUGUUGCACCUAUUCCAGGUAUGGAUCCUGCUACUGCUUUAACUCAACUAGCUGCACUACUUCAACAGCAGCAACAUCAACAAAAUCAAUAAAUAAAUUCUGAAUCUGGAUAUAAUAUUCGCGUCUAUUUUUUCUCUUUCUCUUGUUUUCCUUUCCCUGCUUCGCCCUUCAACAUGAUAUUUUGUUUUAGUUUUUAAAUGACUCAUUGGUGUUUAUUUACAAUAGAUCUAAAUGCAUUUAAUUCAAGGGAAUGGGGAGGCGCGAAAAAAAAAAGGGAUGGUUACAAUAGAUUAGUUAUUUACGAAUUACUU